AUGAUUCAGGCCACUAGGAUGUCUCGUCUGGUCCAGAAGGCACCAGGAAGUGGAGAUCGUGCUCCUGUUUCAGGGCAAACACUCACAGGUAACUCUCUUGCAGGACUGAGUCUGAACAUCAGGAUCCCAGUGCUGGCAGGGCCCCUAUCUAAACCUACACUCAGGGCAGAGCCAAGUAAUGUGGUAGCCACUGGGAACCAGGUGGCAUUCUUCUGUGAAGUACCCGUGGUGGCCAAGGAAUAUCGUCUCUACAAAGAAGGAAGUCAAGAAUACCUGACGCCAACAAGAAUUCUAGAAACUGAGAACAAGGCCAUGUUCUCAAUCUCAUCUGUUCAAUGGUACAAUGCAGGGCAAUAUUGGUGUGAAUAUAAAAACUCCAAUGAAACAUCUGAAAACAGUGACACCCUGGAGCUGGUGGUGACAGGAACCAUUCACAAGCCCAACAUAUGGGCUGAGCCAGGCUUGGUGAUCCCCUCAGGGAAUCCUGUUACCAUCUGGUUGACCGCAAGACGAAGGUGGAUUUUCAGAUGCUACGGCUAUUACACAAGUAAUCCUCAGGUGUGGUCAGAAGCCAGUGACCCCCUGGAGCUGCUGGUCUCAGGGAAACUUAAAAAGCCUUCUUUGUUGGCUGAGCCAGGUUCCCUGAUUGCCUUGGGGAAAGCUGUGACCAUCUUGUGUGAGGGGACCAGGGAAACCCAACUAUAUUUCCUCUACAAGGAAGGAAGCCCAGCACCCUUGGAUAGUCAAUCUCCACAAGGUCCCAGUAACAAGGCCAUGUUCUCCAUAGCAUCCAUGGAAAGACGUCAUGCAGGGAAAUACAGGUGUUACUCUUAUGGAUCUGCAGGGUGGUCAAUGCAUAGUGACCCACUAGAACUGGUGGUGACAGGAGCUUACUCCAGCAAACUCACCCUGUCAGCCUUUCCCAGUCCUGUGGUGACCCCAGGAUGGAAUGUCACUCUUCAGUGUGGGUCACAACAGGCAUAUGACAGAUUCAUUCUAGUGAAGGAUGAUCAGAAGUUCUCCAGGCCCGUGUCCUCACAGAACAUACAACAUGGGCUUUCAAGAGCCCAUUUCAGAGUGGGUCCUGUGACCCCCAACCAGAGGUGGAGGUUCACAUGCUAUGGCUAUUAUUGGAACAGCUCCCAGCAGUGGUCAGUGGUCAGUAAUGACCUAGAGCUCGUGGUGUCAGGGAACCUUCAGAAACCCAGCAUCUGGGCUCAUCCAGGUUCUGUGGUCUCUUCAGGGAGUUCUGUUACCAUCUGGUGUGCGGGUACCGUACAAGCCCUUACAUAUGUGAUCCAUAAAGAGGGAAGCCCAGGACCCAGCCACACAGAGACCCAAGUAGACCACAAUAACAAGGCAAAAUUCUCUAUCCCAUCUGUGUCUAGCCUGAAUGCAGGGAGAUAUAACUGUUACUCUUACAGCUCUGCUGGGUGGACAGAGCACAGUGACACCCUGGAGCUGGUGGUGACAGGUGUCCAUGAUGGCAAACCUACCCUGUCAGCUUUGCCCAGGCCUGUGGUGACGUCAGGUGGGAAUGUGAGCCUUCAGUGUAAUUCGUCCAAAGGAUACGAUGGGUUCACUUUGACUGGGGCAGAUCUGAAAUUCCCCAGGUCCCAAAAGGCACAGUUCACAAACAAUGGACAGUUCCAAGCUCUGUUUCCUAUGAUCUCUCUGACAUACAGCAAGAAUGGGCCCUUCAGAUGUUAUGGAUACUAUACAAAUACCUCAUAUGUGUGGUCAGAGGCCAGUAACCCCUUGGAGAUAUAUGUCUCAGGGUUGUCAAGGAAGCCCUACCUGGUGACCCAACAAGAAACUGUCCUGGCCCCUGGAGAGAACUUGACUCUCAAGUGUUUCUCUGAGACAAAUUAUGACAGAUUUGCUCUGUACAAGGAGGGGGAACAUGACCUCACACAGGUCUCUGCCUGUCAGUCUCGGGAUGGACAUUUUCAUGCUAACUUCACAGUAGGCUCUGGGAAUUACUUCAUUGGUGGUCGCUAUAGAUGCCUUGGUGCACACAGCAACUCCUCUGAGUGGUCAGCCCCCAGUGACCCUCUGGACAUCCUGAUCACAGAUGCAGGCACCAGACCAAAGACAGGAAGGGAGAGCCCAUGUGAGGAAGACCCCUCCAAAGACCUGUAUGCCCAGGUGAAACCCUCCAGACGCAGAAGGGCAGAGAUGACCUCUUCUCCCCUGCAGCCAAAAAAAUCACAGGCCUCACAUGAGAGAAAGACAAAAGGGGUCAAAGCCGUUGAUGAGCAGGCUGCUAGAUCCGAUGGGCUCAAUGAUGUAACCUAUGCCCAGCUGUACAUCAUGACACCAAAACAGGGCCAGGUGGACCUCCCAUCUUCCAGGAAGAAACGUCCCACCUGA